AUGUGCAUCUAGUUAGUUACUGAAAUCAGAAAGCAAGAUUGUAAAAUACUGUUAAAUUUUAUUCAGGUGUGAUCUCUUUAAAUUGCAAGUUCACCAUUUCAUUCUAGCUAAUUCUUAGUUUUUUUGCUAAUACUAAUAUGUACUAUAAUGCUAUUUUUGUUAAAUAAUUGGAAUCAACCAACACCUGCAUUAAAAGUAUUUUCUGAAAACUUAUGAAAUUGAUGUGUGAAGACAAAAAUAUUCUGGCUGGAAGAAGUAAGCUCACUGUGUAUGUUAAUUCCUUACUCUGUUUUUUCUGCAUUUAUUAUGAGUAUGACUCUCCUGUUGUCUCUAUUUCAAAGCCUCUACUAUUUCUGUUAGUUGCAGUUCAUGGCCUACUUUUCACUGCUAUCAUGAUAAGGUUUCUCUCCUCUUCAAUUCUUGUUCUGGUCUAAUAAAUCUCCCCUUUCCUAGUUUGCCUGUAGCCUUACUUUUUUUUAUUAUUCAGUAUUCUUUCCUUUUUUCAGUCUUCCCUUAUUGUGUAAGCUUGUUUUGUAGUAGUAUUUAUAUAAUAAUAUUGCUACUCUGAUUACUGCAUGCAUCAACUGAAAUUAAGCUUCAUUGUGAGGCUUAUAUUUAUUUUGAAGUAUGUGUGGCUGUCAUAUUUUUUUUUUUUGUAGAUAUGAGAUUCAAAAGUAAAGAUCUGAUCUUGGUUGGACUUUUGAAUGUUCUUGCUCAUAAAUAGCUUCUCUUUCAGAGAUAGAGUUGAGGCAAUGACGAGGGUUAGUCCGGAUUUCGGAGACGAGGUCCAGGCAGUUUGGACGGUAUCAGCAGAUGUCAGCUUUCAGACUAAUCAGUUCCCUAAAUACAAGUUAGGGCCAAAUAAUGAAAUUCUAGAGGAGAUCAAAGAGGACAGCAAAGGUCCCCCGCUGAAGGAGGUUGUUGUUCAGGAAAUUAGGCAGCUAACUGAACAGCACAAGCGUUUAUCUGUACGGGACCUGGCAAGCAAAUUCGACAAGAACUUGGCUGCAGCAGCGAAGAUGUCGGAGGAGGCCAAACUUAAGGAGGUGGCAUCUUUGGAUGGACACGUGCUUUUGAAGAAGCUUAGGGAUGCAUUGGAAUGUUUGAAAGGAAGAUUAGCUGGUCAGAACAAAGAAGACGUCGAAAAAGCCAUCUCUAUGGUGGAGGCUUUGGCAGUACAAUUAACUCAAAAAGAAGGAGAGCUUAUUCAAGAGAAAUUUGAAGUGAAGAAGCUGGUGAAUUUUCUCAAGCAGGCUUCUGAAGAUGCUAAAAAAUUGGUCAACCAAGAAAAAUCUUUUGGUUGUGCUGAAAUAGAGAGCGCGAGGGCAGUUGUUCAAAGAAUUGGAGAGGCCCUUGAGGAACAAGAAAGAAAUCAAAGUUCAGGCAAGCAACAGGAGUUGGAGGAACUAAUUGAAGAGGUUCAAGAGGCCAGAAGAAUAAGACUAAUGCAUCAACCAAGAAAGGUUGCGGAUAUGGAAAGUGAGCUUCGGGAGCUAAGACUUCAAAUUAGACAGAAGUGCACAGUUUCAAUUAAGCUGCAAAACGAGCUGGAAAUGAACAUGAAAUCUGACGAUAAUUCGACCCGACUUUAUGAGAUAAGUGGCCCUGAGAAGUUAGGUUCUAUUCUAAGGAUUCAGUCCUGUUCAGAUGAAGCAGUAGACCUUGCAAAAUGUUUGAUCCAGUGGUAUCGAUUGUCAUCUCAAUGCAGCCGCAGGGAACCUAUUUUGGGUGCUAACAAGUGUGUUUAUGCUCCCGAGCCAAUUGAUGUUGGGCGAGUUCUGCAAGCUGAUAUAGCAUCAGACUGCCUAAAGGUCACGUUGACAACUGAUGGUGCUAUUGAGCAAGCCUCAGACUUGGGAGCUUAUGUAGAUACACUUUCGCGGAAACCAAGCAUCGACUUCAAUGUGGUUAUCUCCCAAAUGAAUGGAAGGAACUAUUCGUCACAUUCGGUGCAUUUGUUUCAUAUUGGGAAAACAAGGAUCAAGCUAAGCCGAGGAUGGAUCACAAAGGCCAGGGAUUCCUACUCUAAGUCUAUGCAGCUAUGUGGAUUCAGAGGAGGCGGCAACUCUGCUGCGAAAUCCCUUUUCUGGCAAGCACGCAAGGGGCAAUCUUUCGUGCUUGUUUUUGAUUCAGAGCGUGAACGAAAUGGAGCGCUAAUGUAUGCCAGAAAAUAUGCUCUCGACUGCAAUGUGUUUCUUGCUGGUCCAGACGACGAUGCUCUGCUGUAAAGACUGACUUCUUCGUAGCUUUCGACUAAUGAUAUUAGUUUUUUCGAGUGUGCUGUUUUUUUUGGUGUGUGGUGAAGAUAUGUUGUGGUUUUGCAAGUCUAAUAUUUGGCUUCGAUUCGUAGUUGCAUUUGUUCUAGGCAUGAUUUUUAGGUUUGCCUAAGUCAUUUGUUGUAAUAACCUAUUUUUUUCAUGGCUAAUCAAUGAGCUGUUUGUUAAUA